UAAUAAUACGGCGUUGUACUUCGCACACGCCAAACGCCACGCACACACAUCGUCGGCGGCCGCGCCUAUUGAUCCGCCGCAAACACGACUUGCCCCCCCGCCGACGCCGUCGUCUACCUGUGGAACACGGAGUGGAUUCACAUAUAUGCGGGUCAUAUCGUUGAAAAAGGCAUACGAAAAGCUCCAUCAUUAUGGCGACAAACGUUAUCAUACUGUGCAUUGCUUUGGUGCCCGCGUAUGUCAUCGCGUUUGGAAAGUACUCGGAAAAUAUAAAAGACUCUGAGUACGUUCGGAGCAAACUGUUGGAGAACGUCAUCAACCAACUGGAAAAAGACAUCGUCAAGUCGGAGAUGGACGGUGGCAAGUACGAUGCGGCGGCGAGGUACGGGCCGCGGAUGAAGACCACCGAACGUGAACCUAUCGGGGCCGACUACGACGACGCGGGCGCGGACGGCAGGAACGCAGUGCCGUCGAUCCGGGACAACGAGUACGUGCAGCACGGCACGCUGUGGGGAGCGCAAUACGUGAGCGGCGGUGCUGGCGAGGGAGUACAAACCUUGAACCCAGAUAGCCCGACAAGAAACAAAAAUGAAGUGAAAACCGACGCCACACUGCCGGCCUACUGCAAUCCACCCAACCCAUGUCCGGUGGGAUACACAGAUGAGGAUGGUUGUAUAACAGAUUUUGAAAAUACGGCAGCGUUCAGUCGAGACUAUCAGGAAUCUCAAGAAUGCAUGUGUGAUUCUGAACACAUGUUUGACUGCACAAGAUCAAAUACUGGCAAUAAACACAAUGUUGACGUGGAUGAACUUGUAAGAACAUUUCAGGUAGAUGAUGAACAUAAAAGUUUGGUAGCAAAGAAAUUUCAUGUUAAAAAGGCUUUUAAUCCAUAUUUACAAGGAGAAUUUUUGCCCAUAGCAGCAAAAAAAGGAAUUAAUAUCGGAUUGUAACAUAUCUUAAUCCAAAAUGACCAAUUAAUAAUUCAUUCUAUAUUAGACGAUUUUAACAAAAAUGUUACAAAGCAAAAGAAAAAAAAACAUAUAUAUUU